AAGGAAAGAACAUGAACAUCAUUAAAAGGGAGAGAGAGAGAGAGAGAGAGCCUUCAUUUUCUCAUACAUUUGUGUUGUGUCCACCUUUCUCUUUUGUUCCGCAUCAGACAACAAAACCACCAUUAACACCGACCUAAAUCACAUUCCUAGCUACCACAUUCAACCGUUCUUUUUGUUUUACCCUUCCUCUGUCUCACAAAGUUAGAUAUCGAGAGAAAGGUGCCACGUUACCAUCACAGUUUCUUCUCCACCAAAUCCAAAAGCAAAGUUUCCAAUUUUCUUCACAUCAUAAAUACACAUCACACCCCGUUGCGUUAAGGUUCUCCUCCUCCCGCUUCAUAUAUUUUGUUUUAUUUUUCUUUGUUGAGAGUCUCCAUUGUGAAGAGAGAGAGAGAGAGAGUGAUGGGGAAUUCAUUUGGGUGUUCGGCUUCCGGCGAGAGGUUGGUGUCGGCGGCGAGGGACGGCGAUUUGGUUGAGGCGAAGAUGCUUCUGGAAUGCAACCCUUGUCUUGCAAAGUACUCAACUUUCGGGGGUCUCAAUUCCCCUCUUCAUUUUGCAGCUUCCAAGGGCCAUAACGAGAUUGUGGCAUUGUUGCUUGAAAAUGGAGCUGAUGUGAAUUCGAGAAAUUAUUGUGGGCAGACCGCUUUGAUGCAAGCUUGUAGAUAUGGACAUUGGGAAGUUGUACAGACCCUUCUGCUCUUCAAAUGCAAUGUUAUGAAAGCAGAUUAUCUCAGCGGGAGGACAGCUCUUCACUUUGCAGCCAUCAAUGGGCAUGCAAGAUGCAUUAGGCUUGUUGUGGCGGAUUUUGUUCCAAGUGCUCCGUUUGAAGCAUUACAUGCUCACAUGGUUGCUGAGGGUGAUGCAUCAAAUGUGAAAAACAAAUAUGAACAAAGUGCGCUGUCCAAGUUUAUAAACAAAACAGCUGAUGCUGGUAUCACUGCCCUUCAUAUGGCUGCAUUAAAUGGGUACUUUGAUUGUGUACAACUGCUACUUGAUCUUAGUGCUAAUGUGUCAGCUGCAACAUUUCAUUAUGGAACAUCAAUGGAUUUAAUAGGUGCUGGAAGCACUCCAUUGCAUUAUGCUGCUUGUGGAGGCAAUUUAAAAUGCUGUCAGAUCCUCCUUGCAAGAGGUGCAAGUCGAAUGGCUUUGAAUUGCAAUGGAUGGCUUCCACUUGAUGUUGCUAGGAUGUGGGGGCGCCAUUGGCUUGAACCUUUGUUGACACCUACUUCUGAUGCCACAAUAUCAUCAUUCCCUUCUUCAAAUUAUUUAUCCCUUCCUCUCAUGAGUGUGCUCAACAUUGCCAGAGAGUGUGGACUGCAAUCAACUACAACCUCCUCUAACGAAGUUGAUGCUUGUGCUGUCUGCCUGGAGAGACAAUGUUCUGUGGCUGCAGAAGGAUGUGGGCAUGAGCUUUGUGUAAGAUGUGCACUCUAUCUUUGCUCAACAAGCAAUGUUUCUUCUGAAACGGGUGGGCCUCCUGGUUCUAUCCCUUGUCCCCUUUGUAGACAUGGAAUUGUCUCUUUUGUCAAAUUAUCAGGUUCCAAAGCAAAAGAAAAUAAAUUACAUGUGUCCCUCAGCUUGUGUACCCCUUGCAUGCUACAUCCACGUGACCUAGAUCGACCGUCUCUUUCUCUUACCCCCGAGAUUCGAAGAAACCGUGUAGCUUCUGUUCCGUCGGAGAUGCUUUGCCCCGUCACUUGUACUCCAUUUCCAUCUGUAGCAAUUCCUCUGUGUACAUGCAAUGAUGGUCCUUGUCCAUCAUUUGAACCCCGGGAAGCAGAAGCACAAGAUGGAUCACCUCGCCACUCACAAGCUGCGAUGAUGGAUCAGAAUAAAAUGGAUGGUCCGAGGCUGGAGAAAAUGACAUGCUCAGGCAUGUUUUGGGGUAGAAGAAGUUGCAGCAGGGAGCAUCAAUGCAAUUCAGAAAUAAAUGCUUGACCUAAGAGGUUGGGGCAUGUCCAUUCUUAUUUUGUGGAUACUUCAUACAAUCUUAGAUAAAAAAAGGAGUCUAUAGUUUAUCUUAUUAACCAGCCUCAUAUGGUGAAGUCCAGUGGAUGUAUAUGUGAGGUGAUAGAUAAUCUUGCAUAUCAGCAUCCCACCACCUUUUUAGUUCUCAGUUAUGAUAUUUAGAGAGCAUUAGUAAAAUUAGUAUGAGCUGGUUGUUAUUGCAAUUGGAUUUCUUUUUUAUCAUAGAAAACCAAGUGUUCUUUCAAAAGGAGAGGAAAAAGAAAAAUAGCUUUCUGUUUUGGCUUGUCUCAGAUAGGAAGUUCUGUGUAGUCUAUUUGUUUGUCAUUUAUUUUAUAGGUUUACAAGAACAACUUUGAGUACUGUAACGGCUUGUUGCUACAGUUGUAAUUUCCCCUUUUGUGAACUCAAGGGUGUUUCUCCCAUUAACACUAAAUGUUAUGCUGAAGUACUUGUUCAACAAA